UCAGAGCAUUAUGAGCAUCUUUUUUUUUUAUAUAAUGGAAGAAACGUCCAUUAGUAUUAUUAAUAGUUUUUCAGAGGAGCAUCGUCAUUCAUAGAUUAAAUGGCAUAUUAGGCAAUAAAUACGUUGAUAUACUGACCAGCAACCAUUCCGGUUUUUCCGUCAAGUUAUUCAAGUAGAAGGGAGAAUAAAAGGCUCUGCAAAAAGCCUCAGUAAGUCAGUGUGUGUUUGCGCAUCACCACGCAUCACGCACCAUCUAGCUUAGUAAAUCGACAGAUCCUGACUUGAUUUUUACUUGUCCCACCACCAAACAAACUGGUUGUCCUUCAGAAAUCGUGAAAGAGCGAGAAAAAUAAAAGAACGAAAAAAGAAAUUCGGCAGAAACGAUGAAACAUUUUCUAUUUGCAAAAUUGUUUCUCUUGACAAUAUUUCUCGUAAACAUUUAUGAGAAUUAUGCUUAUUCUCCUCCAGCAGCUACAGUGCAACCUCUUCAUCCCACGGGAUUACGCAUAUCUGUACCUGAUGAACAUGGAAUUACAUUGGUAGCCUUUCAUGUAAAAUUCAAUGAAGAUUUUGAUGGCCUAGAAGCGGGACAUAUCGCAAAAGACAUUCUCAAAGUUCGCAAUGGACAAUGGACUUACCAAGACCGCCACACUCAAUUAAAGAGAGAUGAUAUUAUUUAUUACUGGAUUCAUGUUGUUUAUCAAGGUCUGGGUUAUAAUUUAGUUGAUCAAUCGUAUCGAGUUAUUGAUUUUUACAAUUACGACGGUACCCUGUACAUCGGUGACACGGCUCAAAGUUCACAAAACUGCACAACAACAUCGACCACAUGGAUCUUUGAAAACGACGGACGACGACAAGCCUGUCCACAUCAACUCAUUUUUGAAGAGAAUUUCGAUAAUUUCAAUAGCGCAAAAUGGAAUGAAAUAAAACGUUUUGCCGGUUUGCCAGAUUCUGAAUUUGUCGUCUAUAUGACUAACGAUGUAAUGGAUACAAGUGAUGGAAAGCUACGCAUUAAACCAAUUUUACUUGAAACUAAAUAUGGCAGAGAUUUUGUAUCGCGUGGAAGAUUAAUUCUUGAAGAUUGCACAGGCGAAAUUAAUACAGAGGAAUGCUCUCGUCAGGCUGCUGGUUCAUUUAUCUUGCCCCCUCUGAUCUCCGGACGUAUUAAUACAAAAGGAAAAUUUGAGUUUCUCUUUGGACGUGUCGAAAUAAGAGCCAAAUUGCCACAUGGCGAUUGGAUAUAUCCUUUGAUAACAUUGGAAAGCGUCGAGAAUACUUGGCAAUUGGGACUACAUCGCGAGAUUAGGAUUGCAUCCUCGGUUGGCAACGAAGAGCUGAGGACUCCCGAGGGUGAGAUUGUCAGUGGUCGUAUAUUGACCGCGGGCGGACUGAUCUCGUCCUUAAAUGAAAGUAAUGCGCAUAGUGUUAAUCGCAUGAACCUGCUCAAGAGACAGUCGAGCAAACCCUGGUCAGACGAUUUUCAUAUCUUCGAGAUCGAAUGGAAGAGUGGCCUCAUUGUAGUAAAGGUCGAUGGAGUGCAGUACGGCGAGCAAACUGUAGACGGAUCGUUUGGCAAGCCGUCAUACUUGACUUUGGGCGUAGCUGUCGGAGGCAUUCACGAAUUUCAGGAUCUCGUUACAAGCAGCGGAUAUGUCAAACCUUGGCGAAAUGUCGAAGCAAAGGCGUUAUACAAAUUCUAUCGCGCGAAAGAUCAAUGGUAUCCCACAUGGGAUACCAAAACAGUGCUUCAAGUGGAUUAUGUGAAAGUGUGGGCGUUGUAAAUACUUUCGUUUUCACGAAAUACGACUACGUAUAAUCUCAAAUACUAAUCCGUCUUUAUAAAAUAA